AUGAGGCUAGAAACCUUCUCUAACUCAGCACGAUUGAUCGCUUAUCCAAAGCACGUCCGAACCCUAUCUACAUCAUGUCCUCUCCAUCACGUCCACGGUGACAAGACCGACCCGCGCUUCUCCAGCCUGGGACAAUUGAUCGAGGACAAAUUCGCCCAUAUCCAAGAAGACUACCGUAAUCUCCUCCAGCCCUUCUAUAAACAGCCCAAACUGAUCCUGGUAGAAUGCCCCAAAAAUGCCAUCGUCCUGGCCCAUGGUUUGUUAGGGUUCGCCGAACUCAAACUGGCUGGCUCCUUCCUCCCGCCCAUUGAGUAUUGGCACGGUAUCAAGAAUGCCUUGGCUAUGAAAGGAAUCAAGGUGAUUACGACGACAGUACCACCUUACGCUUCGAUUGAGAAUCGGGCAAGGGCCUUGGUGGAGGAUAUUGCGGCUGAGGCAAAGGGAUGCGAUGUCAAUAUCAUUGCAGGACUCGACUCGCGGUACAUGAUUAGCAGAUUGAGGCCGACAGACUUCAAAGUCCGGUCGUUGACGACAGUUGCGACUCCUCAUCGAGGCUCCGUGAUUGCCGACCAUUUCAUGCAGCGGGUUGACGCCCAUGUAACCCGCCUGCGUAAAUUGUCAAAAUCAAUUGAUAAAAUCACCUCUGAAGCACAGGCAUUCAGCCAACUGACACGGAAAUAUCUCGAGGACGACUUCAAUCCCCAUGUGCCAGACAUUGAGGAUGUUCGGUACUUCUCCUACGGCGCAAUGUUUCAACCCGGCCUCUUCAACAUCUUCCGGCCCUUUCAUCGAGUCCUGGAAGAAGUGGAAGGCCCCAAUGACGGCCUCGUCAGUGUAGCCAGCAGCAAAUGGGGCGGCGACUCUGGCUAUAAAGGUACACUCGUCGGUGUGAGCCAUCUGGAUUUGAUCAACUGGUCCAAUCGUAUUCAGUGGAUGGUUGGCGAGUUGACGGGGAAUAAGAGAAAAUUUAAUGCCAUUGCUUUUUAUCUGGAUAUUGCAGCAACCGUCAAACUCGACAAACCGCAUAGCCAUUUUACGAACUUGGACCAUAUCACCGGGCGAGUGGUGCUGCAACUGCAUUCGGAUACCGCUAUUAGUGCGAUCCAUGUCAAACUCGAAGGUGAGAGUCGGACGCGACUCUCAACGCCGCGCAAUGACAGGGAUAAGAAGAAGGCGGAGAUAGAAGUGCAUAAAAUAUUGUAUCGGGUUCAAGCAGUCUUUCCGAGCCCGGAUAUCGCACAACAUAGCUCUCCCAAUGCAGCGUUUACGUUAGCUGCUGGUGUUUAUGAAUAUCCGUUUGAGUUCAAGUUCCCAUUCAAUAAUUCCUGCAGCAACCAGAACUCAAUGAUGACGAACCUCAGCAUGGUCGGUCUGCGAGUCGAAGUGGCACGAGAUACAUAUGCGCAUGUCAAAAAGACGUUACCACCUUCCUUGAAUACUUUUCCGGGCGAGGCGGAGAUAAAAUACUACGUCAAAACGACUGUGGUUCGGCCUCAAUUCUACAAAGAAAAUAUUCGAUCUAUUGCAGGAUUCAACUUCCUCCCCAUUGAGCCCCCGCGAAAUGGCAACCCAAACGAAGAAACCUACGCCAGACGUCAACACGAAUUCAUGAGACAACAACCCCCAGCAGCCGUGAAAAAAGGCGGACUCUUUCGCAAGCAGUCAUCUACACCUCUAGUGCCCCUUUCGACCGCAGAUCCAGUACGAGUGUCAGUCGAUGCAAGGUUACCCAAUCCUCCGAUUCUGACUUGCAACGAACCCAUACCGCUACGCCUCAUCGUCACUAAGAAAUCGCACMCCCCCGAGCCGAUGUUCUUACAACUGCUUCAGAUCGAGUUGAUUAGUUAUACCAAUAUCAGAGCACAUGAACUAGUGCGCACGGAGCCGCUGAGUACAUUGAUACUGAGUCGCAGCAACAUGAAUGUCCUUAUUGGUCAAGCAUCGGAUCCCAUGGGGCAGGAAUGGAAGAUUGAUGCAAGUCUAUGGAAUAAACUCCCACUGCCACCGAAUGUUGCGCCUUCAUUUGAGACGUGUAAUAUUUCUCGGUAUUAUGAGCUUGAAGUGCGAGUUGGUUUGUCGCAUGGACCUGCAGGACGAUCGAUGCCCCAAGUCAUUGUCGUACCUCUACGGCUGGCCGUAAGAGUAUACUCCGGCAUCCGCCCACCACCAGCUCUCUUAGAAGCAAUGUCUGCCAACAGAAAAUUACAAAACGCUCCAGUAGGACAGAAACCAUCUAUAUACGACGACAAUAACCCUCCACCACAACCACCACGACCCGUUAAUCAAGCAGCUGAAYUAGCCUCUCACAACAUCCUCGAAGGCGACGACGCACCACCAAGUUACGAGGACGCAAUGGCCGAUAUGAUUAGUCCUAUAGAUGGCCCACGCGGAGAAUACCAUCAAACGCCUGCACCGGCUUUCCAGGGGAGUCGGAAUCUUUCGGGGGUAGGUGAUACAAAACAGCCAUUCCCAGAUCCGCAGACCAGUCACAUUGAAGAUGAUCACUCCUUCCAUCACGAAGGAGACGAAGACGGAGAAGAGUUUACGCGCUCAUUUUCUCGUGAUUCAUCAGAAUCAGUCGACAUGCUGCCCCAGUCACCGCGAUUACGGCCAAUAUCAUACGCAGAUAGCGUUUUUGAAGAUAGAAAGUCUGGUCAAACACAGGGGCAUACGAGCAAUUAUAAUGAUAGUUCGGCGCAUGAAACACAGCAGCAACCACCUCCAGCAUUCACGCCCUCGCAAACACCCCAGGCUCGUCGAACAAUAAGUACCGGCGUGCCCAAUCGCCGACCAGUGCCGAACUCAAGCCAACAACAAGGGAACCCUUCCAACUGA